AUGGAACACCAAAACUGGGAUUAUACCUAUAUUGAAAAGAGAACCAACAAUAAAGGUGAAAAGGCUACUAAGCAAGCUCUCCACCAAGGCCUAGCUGUAGAACAUGUUAAAAAGAAUGUCACCAAUAACCCUUCCAAUUUAGAUGGUCGUUACGUCGCCAAGGUCCUUAAUGAAGAUGAAUAUAAAGUCGAUACAGUUAGCCACGAUUUUAGAAUUGCUUUGCAACAAGCCAGAUAAGCUAAAGGUUGGACUCAAGAAUAAUUAGCUAAAGCUUGCUGCGAAAAGAAAUCUGUUAUCAGUGAUUACGAAAGUGGUCGUGCUAUUCCCCACCCUUCUACAAUUACUAAAUUUGAAUCAGCUCUUGGCUGCAAAUUACCUAGAGACAAGAAGAAAAAAUGA